CUUUACUGAACUGGAGAUCCCACUGCGCUUUACUGCUCUCUAAACUCAGCUCUACAACUCACCUCUACACCUUCACCAGUGGCUCUACUGUGAGUCGCUGGUGAUCCACACAACACCGUUCCACUUUAACUGACCUUCAUCCAGACAGAGUUCCGUUUCAUCCAGAUCUACACCAACAGGUUCAUCCACUUCCUACACCACACACUUUCUACACUAUACACUUUACACACCACACACUUUACACACCACACACUUCCUACACCACACACUUUCUACACUAUACACUUUACACACCACACUCUUUCUACACCACACACUCACACUCACUUUUACCACUUUCAUCAUCAACAUGGCCAUCUCACUGAAGCAUGUUCAGCAUGUCUUCCGUGGAGAGGAGGAGAAGAAGACCCAGGGAAGGAAGAGGCCCAGGUCUCCGCAGACACAUGAUCCUGCAUCUCCUGAAGAACCGGCAGCGAAGAGGAGGAAGAUUUUCACUGUUGCUCUUACUCACAGGAUGUUCAUCAGGAAUGCCUUUUGUCCCCAGCUGCUGCGUUUGGUAGGAGAGUUUUUGUGUCGCCGCUGUCGACUCAUCAAGGCUCUUUCUCCAAAUGUUCCAUCGUUCUGGGUACACAAAGUGGACAUGGCGCUGACCGUGGCCAGAGCUCAGUGGGAGUCCUUCAUCUGCUCGGGCACCGUGGUCUUUCUUUACAUGUUGUGCCGUGACACUGUCUCAGCGGAGGUGGCCAGCGUGGAGGAACUGCAUGCGGUUUUUCUCACCUGCCUGUAUGUAUCAUAUGCAUACAUUGGCCCUGAGGUAGGCUAUCCAGCAAGGCAUUUCAUCAGGGAGGACAACAGGCAGGCAUUUUGGAAGCGCGCCUUAAACAUCGCCACGCGCAUGAGCCAGAAGAUGCUGCAGAUCAACAUCUCGCCAUCUGUCUUCGCCCAGGUCAUUUCUGACCUGAAGAACAGGACGGACCAUUGAAGGAUUGGAAUUAAAAAGAAAAAAAAAACUAGCAAUUUUAACUUUUAAUAUUUAUAUUUUACUAUCAAGUCACGUAUUAGAAAACACAUUUUACUAUAAAAUAAUUUCUAUUACUACUAGGAAUAAAGACAGCAAGUGUAACAUAGUAUUAGGCAAGGAAACUAAACAAAUAAAAACUAAAAUAAGAAAUAACAAAACGAGUAGAUUACACUAUCAAAUACAAACAAAAUAGAAAUACCAACCAAUAAUUAUUAGGAGAAGAUCCAAAUUAAAUCACAUUAGCAGGACACCUGGACAGAACCGGACCUAGCUUGGGAAACUAGAAAGAAAUUGACAAACUGGACAGAUGUCAGGGCAGGAAACUUCCAAACACAUCCAGUUGUCCAGUGAAGUGUCGUUAGGGACAGUUCAUAAAGCUGCAGUGUCUGGCUUCAUGUGUUUUGGAGGCAGCACAUGAUGGCAUUCACUGCUCCAGCUUGGGGGCAGCAUAUGUGGUGGGAGAGGAACUGCUGCUGCAGGAAAUUUAGAUUUGUGAAGGACAGACAGAUAGAAUAGGAAAAAGACUGAUUGACACAGGGAGGCUCCAAGAUCAGAACAGGGACGCUAACAUAGAUAGAAACAUGGGCAGUGAUGAAACAGACUGGAUACUAGAAGUGGACAUCAAAUGAGGACAAGACACACAGACAGGAUAAACAAUGGCUAUAUAUGUUUUUAUUAUAUAUUUAUUUGUGCUGUCCCGUGUCGACCAGAGGAGGACUGGUUCCCCUUUUGAGUCUUUGUUCCUCUCAAGGUUUCUUCCUCCUGAUCUGAGGGAGUUUUCCUUGCUACUGUCGCCACUGGCUUGCUCAAAAGGGGCUCGGACACGGAAAUAGCUAUUUAGGUUUAUUUAAAUAGAAAUUAAUAUUAGUCCUGAUCAGUAUGAAAAUGUCGGGACAAUAAAAACUUUCAGUAAUCAAUAACAUUUGCUAGUAUAAUUUUGGAUUUAUGUUAGAUUUUAAUUUUAUAUUUCAACACUGAAAUGCAGAGCACCUUUAUGACCAAUAUGGUUGCCAGUUUUGUCACUUUUAUGAACUCUAAUAAAUAAUCUUAUAUAAUAUUAUUUCAUUUUCAAAUGUUCAUGAAUCUUUAUAUAAAUUAAUAAUAAUUGUUAUAUCAAAAUAAAAUUUUAGCAAACAGUGAAAUUGUGAACUUUAUUUGCAGGACACUUGUCAGGACCGGAUCAGGCUAUAUAGUCUAGAUGGAAACAGGGGUCCACGAGCACAUAGUAGAUUUUUUUUCGCCACCUGUUUUUUCUUAAUCUUUGAAGUGUCUAUUUUAAGGUUCUGACAGGUAACAGGAUGAAAUAUUGUCCCAUGACAUUUAUUUUUAACCCUUUAAUGCAUCUAUGCUAAUUCCGAACCGGAAAAAAAUAUGAAGAAAAUGGCAUAUCUCCUUGAGUUAACAACCUAUACAGACAAAUGAGCACACUUUUCCAUACAAUUCUGGGCCAAGGAAUUUAACGGAAUGGUUAUUUUUAAGUUUUUUACACAUUUUGACAUAAUUUUGGGACAAAAAUAUAAAGAAAUAGCAAAAAAUGUAAAUUUGCCUGUAUGUUUUCACAUUACACUAAAAUCAUGUGCAUUAAAUAAAAACA